AUGAAGAAGUCCAAGUCCAAGCGACCCAAGCUGGACCCGCCCCCGCCUCUGCUGCUGCCGCCGCGGGCGGAGGACCACCCCUCUCCACCGCGGCGCUGCCUCCUCACUCACGAGCAAGAGCUCUCUGUUAUGGUCGCCACUCUGGCCGAGGUCAUCUCUGGCACUCCGUCGGCUCGCAGCGGCAGCGGUGAAGAUCCCGCAGACCCCGCCUCAGGGUCGGGCGGGCUAGUCACGUGUCGCGAGUGCGGGAUCGAGGGCUGCCUCGGGUGCAGCUAUUUCCCACCGACGCUUGAGCGCGGUGGCGCCUCCUCCUCUCAAGCGGAGGCGAGUUCCACGCACGGGCAGUCCGCGUCGAACGCGGCGGGCGGGUCGGGCCAUGCACCUGUAGCAGCUGACGCAAGUCAAGAGUACGGAGCGAGGAAGAAUCGCUAUCGGGGCGUGCGGCAACGGCCAUGGGGGAAAUGGGCGGCGGAGAUCCGCGACCCACGGCGCGGGGCUCGGGUCUGGCUCGGGACCUUCGACACUGCAGAGGAGGCGGCCCGCGCAUACGACAACGCGGCCAUCGAGUUCCGGGGCCCCCGAGCGAAGCUCAACUUCCCCGUCGUCGAUCACAGCCUGUGGGAGAGCAGCGCGCCUUCCUUGCUGGAGAGGCGGGAGAUCACUCCGAACGAGAGCGAGCAAUAUCCAGAGACGGAGCGCGCGCCGGCAGAGGCGGAACAGGGGAAUGCCAGGGGGAGCGAGCUUUGGGAAGUGUUCGGCGACGACGAGAUACAGCAGUGGAUGACGACGAUCGGCUUCGGAAGUGACCAUUCAUCGGAUUCAUCGAACGGAAAUGGCCACAGUUCUUGAGUUCCCAGUUCUUGAGUUCCCGGGCUUUCGUCUGUUAAUGUUAUCCGUUCCCAUGUUGCUGCUUUUUCUACUGUUCAUCGCUUGAAUCCGAGAAAUUAAGGCUCUUUGCAAUAAAAUUCGUUGCAUUUUUUUUCAGAAA